CAGCACACCUGCCUGCUGCCCCUGAGACAACUCAUCAUGCCUAGGGGCAACAAGAGCAAGGGACGCUCCCGGGCCAAAAGGCAACAUGUCCGUGGAGAGAGCCAGAAUCUUCAGGAUACUCAGCCCACUGCAGAGGAGGAAGCAGCAGCGCCCCCUCGUGGCCAGGGAGAUGCCCCAAGCUCCCCUGAUGUGUGCACUCCUCAGGGGUCCCAGGAGGCUGCAUCCCAUGGCUUUCCUGAGUUAGAUAUACCAUACUCAGGCUAUGAUGUUGUUGCUGAGGGUUCUGAUGUUGUUGCUGAGGUUUCUGAUGCUGGUGCUGAGGGCUCUGUUGCAGGUGCUGAGGAGACAAGUGAUGUCGGUGCCGAGGGUUCUGAUGUUGAUGCUGAGGCGUCUGUUGCAGAGGAUGAUGAAAGAAGCGCAUGUGCCGUCAAGAUAGCAGUCGCCAUGCAAUCUGCACGCAGAGAUCCGCUGACCAGGAAGGCCAAUGUAUUGAUAGAGUUCAUGCUGGAGAAAUUUAAGAUGAAAAAGCCCUUCACACAGGCAGAUAUGCUGAGGGUGAUUAACAAGAAGUACAAGGUGCACUUCACUGAGAUUCUCAGGAGAAUCUCUGUGCGCUUGGAGUUGGUCUUUGGCCUUGAGUUAAAGGAAAUUGAUCCCAGUUCUCAGUCAUAUAUGCUUGUGGGCAAGCUGGGCCUCUCCACUGAGGGAAGUCUGAGUGGCAGUAGUGGGUUGCCCAAGACAGGGCUCCUGAUGACCCUCCUGGGAGUGAUUUUCAUGAAGGGGAACCGUGCCAGUGAGGAAGAUGUUUGGGAAUUCCUGAAAGUGGUGGGGAUAUAUCCUGGGAAGAGUCAUGUAAUCUUUGGGGAGCCCCGGGAGUUUAUCACCAAAGAUUUGGUGGAGGAAAAUUAUGUGAUAUACCGCCAGAUUCCUGGCAGUGACCCCCCAAGCUAUGAGUUCAGAUGGGGUCCCAGAGCCUAUGCUGAAACCACCAAGAUGAAGGUCCUGGAAGUUGUAGCUAAGAUCAAUAAUACUUCCCCCAGUUUCUUCCCUAGUAUGUAUGAAGAGGCUAUGCUUGAUGAGGCUAAUAGAGCAGCAAGGAGAUUUACAGCUGUUCCUGGCAAUGCUGUUGAUGCCAGUGAUGUCAGGGAUGUUAGGGCUCAUCGCAGAUGCAUGGCUCACAGUUCCUCCCGCAUUUAGUUGGAUUGAGAUACAGUUUUCACUGUGCUGAAGAGUAGACAGUCUUCUCAGUAAUGGAAUGUACUAUGGGAUAGAAAUAAUAAAGUUUGUAUCUUAUUGUUCUGUAAUACAUGAGAAAAGUAUAUGUAUUUUUUUUGCUAUUUUGCAAAUCUUCCUUUAAACAAGGGUUAGCUUACUUCAUAAUCUGCUUGUUAACAUACUUAUUGGUGUUUUUAUUGUUUAAGACUAAAAGUUUGGCUAUUUUCAAACAAAGUGGUAAAUCCUAAAAUGUAAAUGUGGCAUUGGAACAAUAAUUUUCCUGGAAAUAUGGAAUUGCUUGAUGGUGAAUCAGAAGUGACAAGGCUAAUUCAAAUUGC